GACAAUGACACGUCGACCGUCAAUUAGUUGACGGCUGAUGAGCUGUAGUUUCGAUCAAGCGCAAACAGAAACCUUUUCACGCGGUAUCUGACGGUGUAAACAAAGUUUCCGUCGUCUUUUGUUUCCCGGCUGACUGCUAAUAACUAAUUGCGAUAUUGUAUUAUAGUUUCAAAGCGUGUGAUGACGGACGUACGAAAAUCUCGUUUGUUGACGAGAAUGGCGUAUUUAUGUUGUCGAACAAGUAAAAUUAAUUGGUCUGGCGGUAAACACGCGAUUAAUUGAAUAUAAUUGACAGGAUUUGUUGAACGUGCCUGUGAGUAGGCAAAGAUAUUUACAGCUGAAUUUUAUGUGAAUAGACAUGUACGUAGAAAAUCACGAUUUUUAUAAAUUAUCACAAUUUGCCGCGCAAAUGUAACCGUAACAUGAUACGGCGAGGUUGAGAGCACUUUCCUGAAAUUGGUAUUAAAUAUAUUCGUUUCGUUCGCUGCAACAUCUGUGUCAUAAAAUUGAAAUAACUUUGUCAUUCAGUGCAGGCAGCCUGAAUCUAGAGGCGCAUUGAAGGUCCAUCGACAGUGAAUGUUCACCACUGAGACAAUAAAGCAUGUUUGGUUCACUACGUAGCAAGUUUCAGACGGUGCAGGAAGGUAUAUCUGCCAGUAUACGCGGAUUGUCCACCACCGAGCAACCAAAGAGCAAGAAGCCAGCCAAUGUGAAGAAUGUAAAUUAUGACGCUGGGGCGGACGUUUUGCAUCACUUUCAACUGCAGUGGAACGAGCUUCACGAGCUCGUGGAGGAAAAUGCGGGGAAGGCUCAGGAAGCGGAUGCGCUGAUAUCCUCUAUUUACGAGAAGCUUCAACGCGAGUGGAGCAACGUUACGUGUUUAAAUAGCACCUUGGCUUAUAUUCCAAAGAUUAAUAAUUCGAUUCAAGAUCUCAUGGACCAAAUAGGAAAUUUACAAGAAAUGUUCGAGGAAGUUGAAGGAGCCUUGUACCGACUGGAAGACCUAAAUGAAAUGUUAGAUUUACAGAGUCGGCAGUUGGAUCACAGGUUCCAACUGGCGUUGUAUAAAGAGAAGAAACUGAUAGAAUUGAAUAGUUUCAAAGCGCAGCUAGCUAACGAGCACACGGAGAGACUUUCGCAACACGAAUUAAACCAGCAAAAGAAAUUGAAAGAGCGGCGGGAGACCUUUGAGGAAGCUUUUAAAGAGGAUAUUGAGGAGUACAAGGCAACUGGAUCUAUACCAAAGUUACCAGUCUCUGCAGAAGGCCCGUCUCUGGACGAGAUAGUGUUGGACAUCGAUUCAAAGAUAUUUGAUGAGUUUUUAAAGAAUUAGAAGGCAGAGGAUUCGGGAUUGUAUUUGUAAGUCUCGUCGCUAAACUUCCUUUAUUUGACGGUGGUUCAUGCAACGGAACUUGAUUUUUAAUCGCAUUUCUUACAAUUAGAUAAUAGGGCUGUGAUUCCGACAAUUUAAGCUUAAUAUAAAAAGAGCAAAAAAUAGUUUUCCAUAUAAAGAGUUUCUUGUACGAAUGCUUCCAAUUUGUCCAUCAAAUGCCUAAACUGACUUUUAAAUUUCAUAAAACUUUGUACAGUCCUCCAGAUGUGAGUGUAUUUUGUGAAUUGUAUUAUGUAUCACUUGUCACUCUUGAAUUGAAGGGAACUCGAGUUUUAUCCCCGCAAUAAUUCUCUCGUAUGUACAUACAUAGUAGAUGUAAGGGAAGAAAAUGUUAUUUUGUUAAAUUUUUCCUUGUAUUACAAUUAAAAGGAUAAUAAAUUGACACGUAUUACAAACUA